AUGUCCACUUCCCACCCAGGGGACUGGGUUCUCCUCAACAUCCAUGCAUACCUCGGCAAGCGCAGGAACGCCACCACCGCCAGCGCCACCACCAGGGACCAUCAGACCAUCGAGGGGCCGCCACCGUUCUCCCCCGCAUCGUCCGCGCGGCGGAAGAUCUCAUCCUUCUCCGUGUCGCCAUCCAUUGUCAACCCGACUACGUCUCCUCGCCAGAAGACUCCCGACUAUUUCAUCUACCGCGCCCACACCAAAAGGGAACCGUCGCUUCAGCGGCUCUCGCGACCGCAUCCCUUCUUCCACGACGACGACGUCGGUCUCCUUAGCCGCGGCCACCACUACACCAUCGCCGCGUUGAUUGCCACACCCACGCUUAACGUGUUCCACCUCCACCGCUUCCACUCCGAGAUCGGGACAUGGACCUACACCAAGGUGUCGGUGGGGGAGCCGCAGCAGAGUGGGUUCCCGUCGCUGCUCAUCCCCAACAACUGCAGCCGCCUCCUUCACCAUGACACGAGCACCGUCAUGGCCAUCGGAGGUGAAGGCGGCACCAUGGGUUGGGUCGAUCUUUGGCGCGGCAUCCUUUUCUGCGACCUACUCCGCGACGAGCCCACGCUCCGCGCUGUACCACUGCCGUUGCCCUUGGACUUGGUGAGCUGCAACAAUGGGCUGGGGGUCCAACUAGGCUGCCCAAACUCCCGUCGGGCCAUUGCCUUCAUCAAGAAAGGCGGCAGCAACACGGAGGACUGUCUCAAGCUUGUUCACUUGGAAGCUAACGCCACUCGGCACUCGCCUCCCUGA